UUCCCUCUCUUGCAACUAAUCGGGAUCGCAUCCGUUUCGGUCGCUCAGUUUUCAUGCACAUCGGCUUCGGUGCAAUAAAGACCCGCUAAACUGGACUCGGGACAGAUCAGAACAGGACAACAUUCGGAAGUCUCUUUUAAGCAAUGGAGCCAGCCUUUGGGGAGGUGAACCAGCUAGGUGGUGUUUUUGUGAACGGAAGACCCCUGCCCAAUGCCAUCCGGCUCAGGAUAGUAGAGCUGGCCCAGCUGGGCAUCAGGCCUUGCGACAUCAGCAGGCAGCUCCGCGUCUCUCACGGCUGUGUAAGCAAGAUUCUGGCCCGGUACAACGAGACCGGUUCGAUACUCCCAGGCGCAAUCGGCGGCAGCAAGCCAAGGGUCACGACCCCGUCCGUGGUCAAGCAAAUUCGGACUUACAAGCAACGGGACCCUGGCAUUUUCGCUUGGGAGAUUCGAGACAGACUGCUCGCCGACGGUGUGUGUGAUAAAUUCAAUCUGCCCUCUGUCAGCUCGAUCAGUAGGAUUCUCCGCAACAAGAUUGGAAAUCUGUCUCAACAGAACCAGUACGAGUCGACCAAACAGGGCCCUCAUCACCAGCCACAACACACCCUGCCAUACAACCACCUGUACUCGUAUCCGACUCCAAUCGGAGCCACUGGGACUAAAGUACCGACUCCGCAAGGCAUGCACACUCUUCCUGGACACAUGGCAAUGCAUAGGAUAUGGCCUUCCUCUCAUUCUGUUACAGAUAUUCUGGGCAUUCGAUCAAUAACGGAGCAGCAAAUUAGUGACAGUCCGUCCUUUUCCAGCGCCAAACUGGAAGAAUGGAGCUCUAAUAACAGGAGUCAUUUUUCGCCAGCGAGUUCUACUCUAGUCAGUGGUGUGGAUAAGCCUCACUUAGAACCUGAAGCAAAAUACACACAGAUGCCGAAUGGAUUGCCCACAGUGAACAGUUAUGUCACAGCUCCCAGCAUCCAUCCUUCCCACCCUCCCACCCAAGUGUCACCCUACAUGGGGUACAGCGGCACCACGUCGGCCUAUGUGACCGGCCCCAUAUGGCAGCCGCACAGUGGCAGUGCUCUCUCUCCCCACAGCUGUGACAUCACCGCCCCACUGGCCUUCAAGAGCAUGGCUGCCAUGCAAGACUCUGUCCAUCCCAUUACCGCCUCUGCUCUUUAAAUUUCGAAGGAGUGUGGGGGGUCAAAGAGAGACAGCAAAAGUAGAGAAAGACACGGCUAUAUGGACUUCUGACCGGCUCUCUCUCUGGACGGACUAAUGUUAUGCUUUUACAAUAGUGUCAGACGAGCCAUGUACCAUUCUGAAUGCCAAUGAUCUCCUGCUCCGUAUCAGCAUCGCCCAACUUGUCUGCACAGGAAAAAAAGAGCAAGAGUGAGAAUACGCAAAGGCUGUCUUCUCCGAUCUGAACUGAGCAGUGGAUUUACAAGUCAAGAACAUCACCAGCUGCUUUGUGGUGUUCAGUACACUAGCCAGAGUUCAAUUUCGGUGCUUCUUUCUGUGAACAUAAUGUUCUUGUAUGUUUUCAAGAACGCCAAAUAUAAAUGAUUGAAUAAGCAAUCUCAUGUUAAACAACCGACCAGUUUGCAUUUACUGUUUUUCAGGGUGUUUUAAAUUGUUAAUAUCUAGAUGUUCAACUAUGUUUCUUUUUUUUUCUUCACUUUUUUUUUUUUUUUUUUUUGUCUUUUUGGAUACCAGUUUCAAUUCACUAAUAAUGUAUGCCAGAGCUCUUGAGAAAAGUUAUUCCAUUUAUUUAUUAGACUGUAAGGUACGUUGAAUGAAGUGCUGUUGGUACAGAUAUGGGGGGAAAGAAGCACAUUCAGAAAACAGGGGCAUUCAUUCAUGCAACAUUAAAUAUCAGUGAAGCUGCACACUUCCAGACAUUGCACAAUGAAAUUGAAUGUAUCUUAUUAAAGGAGACAUGUGUA